CCGUUGUACUGAUAUCAGUCGGAAAACGAUCGCGCUACCAGCAACAACACGCCACGACAACGCGCGCACGACACAACAAUCGCAUUAAUAUGCAAUAAGUUAACUUUAUAAAAAACAACAACUUCCAAACUGGCCAGAAAGGCAAGCGCGCGUACGCUUAGUAUAGCAGACAUAUAAGGCUGCCGAUCAGCGACAAUAAGUGCAAGAGGACGAACUCUUGUAGAAGGCAAAACCACAACUAAACAACCUUUUUCGGUAGUGAAUUUAAUUGUGACAAUUAAGACGCGUGUGCGUGUGUGUUUUUGUGAGUGCGCGAUUUUAACGCAUAUAAAAAGAUGGCGGAUUCCACCACUUCAAUACCAACAUCCAAAGAGAAGUCAAAUUCAGUAUUUACGCUGAAUGAUUUCAAUUCACGCACCCAGCUAACCGAAAAGGCACAGCUUGGCGAUGAGUAUAACCCAGCGGAUCAUCGUGACCAAGUCAAUGGUCAAACGACAGGUGGCGCGUUAGCGCAUUUGUUGAAGAGUUCAUUAGGCACCGGUAUUCUGGCCAUGCCAAUGGCCUUCUACAAUGGCGGUUUGCUGUUCGGCAUGAUUGCCACGUUGGUGGUCGGCUUCCUUUGUACGCAUUGUGUGCAAAUAUUGGUUAAAACAUCGCAAGAUAUUUGCAAAGAAAUCAGAGUACCUGCCUUGUCAUAUGCUGAGACAGCCGAGAAGGUUUUCGAAAACGGACCAAAACGUUUGCGGUCAUGGUCGAAUUUUGCGAAGCAAUUCGUUGAUGGCGGUCUGAUGGGCACAUACUUCGCCGCCGCUUGCGUUUACAUGGUGUUCAUUGCCACAUCAUUUCACGACGUGAUCAACUAUGACACCGGUCUUAAAUGGGAUGUGCGCAUUUAUAUUGCGAUUAUUGUAAUACCCUGCCUAUUAAUUGGACAAAUAAGGAAUUUAAAAUGGCUUGUACCAUUUUCAGCUAUGGCCAACAUAUUCAUUGUGGUCACAUUCGUCAUUGUGUUAUACUAUUUAUUCAGCGAACCUUUGGUGUUCGAAGACAAACCGCUGAUAGCGAAAGCCUCACAGCUACCGCUCUACUUUGCGACUGUCAUCUUCGCCAUGGAGGGUAUUGGCGUAGUUAUGCCCGUCGAGAAUACCAUGAAGAACCCACAAAGAUUUCUUGGCUGCCCCGGUGUGCUCAAUACAGCUAUGAUUGUGGUAGUGUCAUUGUAUGCGGUAAUCGGUUUCUUAGGUUAUGCACGUUAUGGCAGCGAUGUGCUUGGUAGCAUUACUUUGAACCUGAAGGAAGGUGUACCUUUGGCUGACACGGCGAAAUUGCUGAUGGCCGUUGCCAUACUUUUCACUUAUGGACUGCAGUUCUACAUACCCAACGAAAUUCUCUGGAAAAAAAUUAGUCACAAAUUUAACGAACAACAUCACAAUAGAACCCAAAUACUUUUACGUACCGGUAUUAUAUUGAUUAGUGGUGGCGUUGCUGCGGCUAUACCCAAUCUAGAACCAUUCAUCAGUUUGGUGGGCGCCAUCUUCUUCUCACUGUUGGGCAUUUUUGCGCCCAGCGUGUGUGAGACGGUUUACUUGUGGCCCGAUCGUUUGGGCUGGUGCAAAUGGAAGCUGUACAAGAACAUUUUUUUGGCUGCCUUUUCGAUAUGCGCUCUGAUUGCUGGCUCAACAGCAAGUAUACAUGAAAUCAUCAAAAUGUACACGGAAUAAGUUUUAAGACUAUACCUAGUGCUUAGUAUAAGUUUGAAAGUGUUUAGUUUUACGUGUAUAU